GAAAAAUUAAAAAACCACAAACCAAUCAACUAUUCAUGGUUUUCAGGUCAGAUUCAGAGAUCUCUGGUAAAGGUUUCGAAAUUGUUUUCGAUUAUUAUGAUGAACUUGGCUGUGAUGUAUAUCUCACUGAAGACACAGGAGUUAUUAGGUCUCCUCGAUUCCCUAACACCUAUCCAGGUCCGCGCCGUUGUACUUAUAUCUUCAUGGAAACCCCUGACAAAAGCAUCAGUCUCAACUUCACACAUUACAACUUAAAAUCAGCUGAUAAUUUAUGUCGAAACAAACUUCAGAUUGAUUAUAAUCCAAAUAUACUGAUGGACUCAAAGGAGCUCUUCAGAUUGGAAAUGACACCAAAAAAUAUUACACUUCCUUGUGAAUCGAAGUCUACUAAUUAUGUGAUAGAAUCUCCAAAUAACGUAUUAAUUGUUUACUUCGAAACUUAUUCUGGCCUAGAUGCCGGUCAAGGUUUCAGAGCUGAAUACAGUAAAGAAAAACAAACAAAAUGUGGUGGCAGAAUUGACGCAGCUUCACCUUCAAUAAUUUCGGCAAACUUUUCCCAGCCUAUUGAUGAUUCGAGGAUCUCAUGUGCUUGGUAUAUUGACAGCGAAAUAAUAAUAGAUUCAAAAGUAAGUACCCCUUGGAUAUCAUUCGAGAAAAUUGAGGUCUUGGGAUCAGCUGAAAACGAUUCAAUUUGUUCUGAUGGAAAAAUAACACUUGGAAUUCCUAAAGCUUCGCCUUACCAUCAUAUGAUAUCCAUCGAGAAUCUUGAAUUUUGUGGAAACAGUUCUGAAGUGGUAACGGCUAUUUCCCCGAUUUCAAUCGCAUAUUUUGUUCUCUUAACUGCUACUUUCAAUCGGACUCGAGGUUAUCGCGGUUUCGAGGCCACUUAUCAUAUCAGUAAAUGUGGUGGAACAUUGAAAGCGAAAGAAAGUAAUAUAACAUCACCAGGCUGGCCUAAUGAAAAUUAUCCGAUCGAUACUGUUUGUGUCUGGUCGUCUGAUGUUCUUGAAGAGACUAAUCAUGUUGUAGAACUCGUGUUUGAAGAUUUCGAACUAGAAGACGAUUGUUCAAAAGAUUAUGUGGAGAUUUAUGAGUUUAAUAGUAAAAAAACGACUAAAAUCGGUCGAUAUUGUUCAAAGGACAAACCACCGUUCAUUCAGACUCAGAAUGGAAUCUCAAUUGUAUUCAGAAGUGAUGGAGAUACAACAAGUAAAGGAUUUUCGUUAAACAUAAAACCUAUUAAGAAUGAGAAUUAUAUUCCUUCUUGUUUUGGCUACAAAAAGCAUUCGCCUGAUUCGAACUAUCCUAAUCCUUACAAGCCUAAUCAACACUGUGAAGAAGUAUUAGAAGUCGAUCCUAUGUCCCAACUGAACUUGACUUUUGUCAAUCGUUUCGAUAUUGAAAACUCAGUUAAUUGUUCUAAAGAUUAUCUCGAUAUAGAUGAAUGGGCAAACAACUCUUGGCAUCAUUUCGGUCGAUACUGUGGAUACAAUUCACCAGGGUCGAUCAUCUUCAAGGAAAAUAAAGCCAAACUUAUGUUCCAUUCAGACGGAGAUGAUCGUCGUGGAGAUGGAUUCGAAUAUAUUGUUACAAAAUAUUGUCGAUUGACAAUUGAUAAAAGAGGAAAGGGAACAAUUCAAAGUUAUCCUGAUUCCAAUGAUGUCGAUUACUGUGAGUGGACAUUCAAGGGACAAGAACCAGAUGAUGUGAUAAACGUCGAGUUUGAGUUUUGCCAUUUAGGAGACGACUAUCGAUGUGAACAAAGUCACUUAGAUAUCUACACGAAAAAUCAAUCAACAGGAAUCGAUCUGGUUGAAAGAUAUUGUAAUGGAAAUGAACCCCAAUUUAUAACCUCUCAAGGACAUUUGAAGAUAAUCGUGAAUUCGCUCAACUACAGUUCUAGUAAAGGAGUUAAAUUUGAUUACCAAAUCAUUCCAGCGAAUUCACCAAGUUCAUCUUGAGUGUCCAUUUUUUUUCUUUGAAACUUUUCGUUCUUAAUCGCCAAAUGAGAUUGUAAUCCACUCGGAGUGAUUUAACUGUAAUUUUCUUAGUAAAAGCAAGUUAACUUUUUAUUCUAAUCGUAAUUAAAAUAAUAUCAAACGUAAACAAAGAAAGACAUUGAUGGAGAUUCAGUUUUGAUUAUCAAAUCAUCAACUAACUUUGAAAAUAUUGUAUUCUAAAAACUUAAUUAUUCCUUAUGAUUUAUGAUUUAUUGAUCUGAAUCGUAUGAUUAUUUGUUUAUUAUAUGAAAUCUUUUUGAUAAUGAAACUUUUUCAUUAAUUUUAAUGUUCAUUUGCUUUAGAUGUCAUUUAGUUUGAAUUAAAGUUCAAUCAAU